GGCGCAUGCGCGCUGGGCAACACGUGUGGCGACGGCAUGGCGGCGGUUGCUGGCGAUGAUGGGGGAGCGGGAGCGGGAGCAGCGGGGACACCGGGCAGUGGCGGCGGCUGCUGCGUCUUCUCGCCCCCGGCCCCAGCGCGGUGCCUGGCAACGGUGGCCGGCGACGGGCGCGUCCGCCUGUGGGACACGCAGGCUGGGGGAGCGGGCCGCCUGCGACACGAGUACGUGCCCUCGUCCCACCUCAGCGCCACCUGCAGCUGCCUGGCCUGGGCCCCCGCCCAGCGGCAACGACCACGGGAGGUUCCUCAGAAAAAAAAGAGGAGAUCGGAGAAAGUGGAUGUUGAUGAGGAAUUGGAUCUAUUGGCUAUUGGCACAGCAGUUGGCAGCAUCUUGUUAUACAGUAUAGUAAAAGGAGAAUUACAGAGGAAGCUGAGUGAUGGACAUAACGGUAAAGUAAACUGUGUACGGUGGCAUCAAGAAAAUGAUUGUCUCUACAGCUGCUCAGAUGACAAGCAUAUAGUGGAAUGGAGCGUGCCAACGGGGAAGGUGAAAUGCAAAUGGAAAGCAGAGAAAGGCAGCAUCAGUCACCUAUGCCUGAGCCCCGAUGGAAAGAUGUUGUUAUCAGCAGGCUGUGGUAUCACGCUAUGGAACCUGGAGACCAAAGAAGUAUACAGGAAGUUUACAGGUCAUGCAACAGCAGUAUCGUCACUUACAUUUGUAACAAUACGACCACCUAACGACAGCCAGCCAUCUGACGGAAUAACUGGCCUGUAUUUCCUCUCAGGAGCUGUGCAUGAUCGACUUCUUAAUGUUUGGCAAGUGCGAUCCGAUAAGAAGGAUAAGAAUGCAGUGCUGUCCUUCAUACUGGCAGAUGAGCCUGUGUAUGUGGACCUGGCCACUUCAGGUGAUAGAGAAGAUCCGGUGAAGUUGGCGGUUGUUUGCCGGGAUGGACAAAUGCACUUGUUCGAACAAAUCUUAAAUGGAUACUGCAAAAAGCCUCUCAUGCCGACCUGCACUUUGCAGAUAGCAACAUCGGGGAAAGGAAAUGACGUGAGACCUGUUCCUAUCCUGGCCGCCACCUUCUGUUCAGACAGUCGAUCAGUGUUGGUAGCUUACAACACUCUGCUGCAUCCAAUCAUUGAAAGAGUGACGUUGAAUACGAGUGAAGCCCAUAUUUGCCUGGUGAGAGAUACACAGAUGACCGUGUCGAUCUCGACGGAGACUGCUGUAACAAAAGUGAAAACUCCAAUUGUAACAGCUGAAGUUAAAGUGUUGGUGCCUGGUAUUCCAGGCCACGUUGCAAGCAUGAAGCCCAGGCUGAUGGAAUCGAGAAAGACUGAAGCUAAAAGGAAAGGAACGGAAGUGGAGAGUAGCAUUGAGGAGCGUCUGUCUGCCAUGGAUAUUGAUGCACUGAAAGUGAAGCACAAAGGAGGCUUUCCACAGGCUGACAGCUUUGCUGUGUUGCUUGUACAAGGACUAGAGAGUAACGACUCCUCUAUUCUAAAUAAAGUGCUCCAGAUUAAGAAGGAUGCCUUGAUAAAGACCACCAUUGCCAGGUUACCUGUUACAGCAGUAGUCCCGCUGCUUCAUGAGAUCACAAGACGAUUGCAAGGUCAUCCUUACGGUGCUUUGUUAAUGGUCCGGUGGCUAAAGGCUGUCUUCACCCAACAUGCCUCCUUUUUAUCUACACUGCCUGACCUUGUGCCACAACUCGGCGUGUUGUACCAGCUGAUGGAGAGCAGAGUGAAGACCCUGCAGAAGCUGUCUCGCUUGCACGGCAAGCUUUAUCUCCUCAGUGCGCAGGUUGCAGCAUCACAGCGUGUGCAGGAUGCAAGCACCGUCAACCAAACAGCAAAACUAGUUUAUGCAGAAGAAUCAUCGGAAGAUGAAAACUCCGAAGAUGAGUUGAUGGAGGAUCACGAAUCCGAUGAAAACUGGGAAGAAGAGAAAGAAGAGCGUGCGGACGACCCAAAAAUGAACAUUGAUAAAGAAGUCAGUGAAGACUCCGGAGAGGACUUGCACACAGAGAACGAGAGCGAAGAGGAAUAAAAUCAUUUUUUUAAAGGAAGAUUGACUAUAUCUGCACACUUGGGCCAAUGAAUCUGCCCUGGGCAGCUGAAUAUAUAUAUUUUUUCCACACUGAAAAUCUGGUUUGGAAAGCAGGCGACGGACUGGCAGUGAAGACUGCACCCAGGAUUGUCCGCGCACAUUGGAUUCCAAGGAAUUUGUGACUCGGUGGUACAAGGCUCACAAUUAUAUAUUUCUGCAACCAUGUUUCUAAUGCAGGUCAUUUUUUCUCAAAAGACAAUUUCUAUUUGGAGUGAUUACCACAGCCAGUAAUGUGGAGCAAACUCGUGACCAUUUGAAAAGGGAUGGGUGCUUUAACAUCAGUCGUCUAAUCCUUGACUACUGCUGUGACAUUUUAACCUGAUGGGAGGAUGUGGUUUGGAGGUUUCUCCCAGGUGGUUUGGUUCUGACCAGCUGCUUCUUGUGCUUUCAGGUUGGUAUGUUACAGGUAUGUCGUCGUGAGCUGGUUGACAGAAUUAUGCAUAUUUGUCUAUAAAUCAAUAAUUUGCAGCUAUUAAUGCUGUUUUCUCCUUUGUAUAGUGAAUAAACAAGAUUCUCCUUUACAAGAUUGUUCUGUACUUUUUGUCUUUAGCUGCAUCUCUAAUAAAAAUCCGUCUUCUUGGAAAAUA